AUGUCCUCUAUCGUCGAAUCAAGACCGCGGGGUACAUACAUCCCAGCAGACUGCCCCAGCUGCAAGUCCCAGCAAGAGUACAUGGUCCCCCCAACCUUCAUCGGAACCCUCAGAGUCCGCUGUGCAGGAUGUAAGCAGAUGUUCACCCAUCCCCAGCCCAAGCCAUCGAAUGCUCGGUCUUCAGCCACUGGCUCGAGUGGUUCCUCUGCUCCUGCGAAAUCUAGAAGGAUCGGUUCGGACAAGAACCCACUCGAUAUGGCCUACUACAACAUCUUGGCGCUUGACAGUCAAUGUACGACUGAAGAGGUGAAAAAGGCAUACAGACGCCUUGCUAUCAAAUUACAUCCAGACAAGAAUCGCGACGACCCCGAUGCCGAAGAAAAGUUCAAAGAGAUCUCGAUUGCCUAUCAAGUUCUGUCCGAUCCCGAAUUGAGGCACAAAUACAACGAGUUUGGCCAGAAGAACGGCGGUGGAAUGUCUGAGCCGGAAGGCGGUUUCCACGACCCAGAAGAGGUCUUUGGAAAGAUGUUUGGUGGUGGUCGCUUUGAGGUAUUGAUUGGAAAUAUCAGUAUAGGUAAAGACAUGAAGCAAGCCUUCCAGCAACAAGAAGGUGAAGACGCUGGAGACUAUACCAUGGGGCCCAAUGGCAAGCCUGUCAUGACUCCUGAGGGUCUGCAGAAAAAAGCUCUCAGAGAUCGGGAAGCCGCUGAGGAGAAGGCGAAGCAAAGGAAGGCUCGAGUGGAUAAGCUGGCAGUCAACUUGGUGAACAAGCUGAAUAUCUUUACGGAAGCCGCGAAAAGCGCAGAUGACAAGCUUGUGGGGUCUAGUUUCAAAGAAAUUUGCCGUCUGGAAGGGGAGGACUUGAAGGACGAAAAUUAUGGUGUUGAGCUUCUGCACGCCAUUGGCAAACAAUACCAAGCCAAGUCUGCCCAGCAUCUGGCUUCUUCACAAUUCGCCCCUCUCGGAUGGUUCCACGGCGCCAAAUCAAGCAUCGGUGUCGUCUCCGACACCUUUGCAACCAUCAAAUCCGCCAUGGAGCUCAAGGCCGUCUUUGAACGGCUGCAAGCUGCGGAGCAAAGUGGCAUUGCUCCCGAAGAAUUGCGCAAACUAGAAGAGCAAGCCUCCGAGCAAGGCCUACGGACCAUGUGGAAAGGCGUCAAGCUGGAAGUCGAGAGCGUCAUCCGAGAGACCUGUGAUGCUGUCUUGACAGACCCGAAUGUGUCAAAGGAGAAACUUCACCUGCGGGCUGUUGCUUUGGGUAUGAUGGGAGAGGCAUUCGAUAUUGUGGGCAAGCCGCAAGAGGACUUUGUAAAGAUUGAAACAGCUGCCUCCAAGCAGCGCGAGUCUGCCGCUCGUCCUCCUCCUCCCGCCCCCCCUAGGCCUCAGACUGCUAGCACGGAGAGGAAGGAAGGUGACGCGAGUGACAAAGAUGAGACGCUGAAGGCGGCGUAUCAAGCUUACGAGGCUCGAAGAAAAGACGCCAACAAAUAG